AUGCAGUCUUUCAGGAAUGAACUGAGACAAUCAUCCGGCGAGAGUGCCGACAACGUCCGCAGCCGUUAUGUUCCCAGCUCUGUCUACAGCGCCAGUGGACCAGUCGACCACUCGCCGGCGACUGGCCACGUGCCCAGCUUCAUGUCGGGAGCAUUGCGGGGCCCCUUCGAGGAAGAACAAACGCCUCGUCUCCCAGCGGUACAGACUCAAAAUGCUCCACGGAACUCCACCCUCCUCAACAUUAACGAUCCUGUUGCGAUGCACCUGUUGGCGGAAACAGCGAUCAGUGACAGCCGAGACUUCGAGGUGCUGUCGUUCGACGAGGUUGAACAACUGAAAAAAGAGAGGACCUAUUUGAAGGCGAAGGUAGAAUCUACGAGAAGGAGGUUGGCGUUGGAAAGCAAAGUCCGCGAUGCAGCCCAGUCUCUCAACCGGCUAUACUCGACCCGAGAAUCUCCGGACGGCCCCGGAUCGCCCAAGAAGUCACGCCGAAGUUUGCUGGGGAGCAAACGUAGUGACAACGAUGCGGUUCACCGUGCGGAUGGCGAAUAUGCUGCGAGCAUGAAAAAGGUGGAGGAUUUGUCGCGCGAACUGUUUCAAUUGGAAAAGCGGCUCGAGCACACGGAAAGACGACUUUUGAUGCACACGGCCGGCAUUCUACAGAUGACGCACAGGGGUUUGAAGAAGAAUAUUCGACGGAAUGAGCUGCCUCGAAGCCCGGAAAGCAUGACUAGCCACCACGGACGUGGUUCGGUCGACUUUGACGAGCGCAGUCUGUAUCAGGUUCCGGACUAUGUGACAGAAUUUAAGCACAUCCCAAACAAAGGCCAAGCUGCAGGUAUCGAUCCUCGGGCUGCGGACGGUGUCGCGAAUCGGUUACUACAACUGAACCAACGCGUACACCUGAUGAUCACCCAGGUCAACAUGCAGGAGCACUUCGACCCUCCUCCACAACCCACCGAAGAUCAUCUGAUCGGACGUGUCGAUGAACAAAUCCAAGCAUAUCUGGGCUAUAUGUCGCAAGGUCUCGACGCGAUGGAAGCGGCUCAAGCUCGCUCCAGUGGAGCCAUGCAACAGUCAAUCUACGACACAGAAGAGCAGCUUGAGGAUGUCAAUAUCCGACUAAAUGAGAUACUGCAACGAACCAAUUCCGUCGCCCAUAGCCCAGUGGUGCCGCAGGACGAACCCCGGGGAAAGGAUCUUCACUCUCAGUUGGCUUUCUCAGCUUCCGUAGUAGAACGUCUGACCCGGCGCACUGAGACCCUCGUGGAACAGAAAGCUAUCCUUACACGCCAGAUCCAGCAGCAACGAGAGCUUAACGGCAGGGGAGAUGCCACAAUCUCUCACUUGACGGAGGAGGCCGACCGGAGCAGGCUCUCUCAACAGCUUGACCACCUGCAAAAUGAAGAAUCUGAUGCCCAUCGCGAGCUGCUCUCGCAACAACUGCAUCAAGCCCGACAAAGGAUUGCUGUUCUCGAACAGGAACGAGCUGCCAGACAAGGCCAGGGCGACGGGCUCGAGGGCAACCGAGACAGUCUGGAAUCGCAGCUACAGCGACUCACCGCAUCUCUCGUGGAAAAGGAAAAUGAAGCAACCCAUCUCGCAGCCAGUCACGCAAGAGACCGAGAAGAGCAUGGGGAGGCUACUGUUGCACUACAGACGCAGAUCGACGAUCUCAACAGUGCGAAAUCAGCGGCUGAGUCCGAAGUAUCGAAGCUGCGUCAAGAGAUGGCGGACCUGGAGUCGGAAGUCGUGCGAGCACAAACCGAACUGACCGUGGUCAAGGCUGAAUUAGAUGGGGCGUACGGGACACGUGCUCAGCGGGCGGCGGACGUAUCCAUGAACCCUGCCAUCCAGCAGGAGCUCGAUGCCCUCAACGCACGGAAUAGCGAGCUUGAGAGUCAACUUGGCCUUCUGCGAAAAGAACACGAAGCGAAGGACAUGGACAUCAUGCAGCUGCAGAACAAAGUUACUGCGCUGCAAACAGAGCUCAAGGAGAUAAUUGGGGAGUAUGAAGCCAUGACCAAGCAGAGCAUUGAGGACGAGAAAGAACGAGAGAGGCUGGAAGAGACCGUCGACGCGAUCCAGCGGAGGUGUGAAGACCUGGAAAACCAACUAAAUGAAGAGAAGGUCAAGGCGCUCGGCUCGAGUGUCUCCGCGCCCACGGACACCACGUCUACGAUGGUGUUGAGGAACGAGUUCAGAAAGAUGAUGCGCGAGACCCGGGCCGAGAAUCUGAAAGUCCUCAAGGCCGAACAAGAAGAACGACGUCGCCUUGAGGGCAUCAUUAAGGGCUUGAAGAAGAACCAACAACAGUUGUCGACAGCUCAGAAGCCGACACCAGCCACACCACAGGAGCCAGCCGCCACUACUUGA